AUGAGAGCUGAAAUCGCCGUGCCCGCGAUCGCGGCGCUCGUUUACAGAGCUCACUCCAAGAACUCGUUGACACCCGGUGGCAUCUUUGCUGCUUUCCUCACGGCCGUCGCACACGCAGUCCACCCUUGGAAUCUACCCUUUGCUCUGCUCGUUGUGUUCUUCCUCGCAGGAACGCGGGUAACGCAUAUCAAGGAAAAUGUCAAGGCAAACCUCACGGUACACUCCAAGGGCACUUCCGGCGGCGAAGGCCCUCGAAACCACAUCCAAGUGUUCGCCAACUCGCUCACGGCUUCCAUCUUCUCUCUGCUCCAUGCCUACCAGCUGCACGCGCGCAAGCAGGCGCUGAUCGCCAAUCCCACCAGCACUGGAACUGGCAGCCUUUGCUUCUCCUGGGGCGGUGAUUUGCUGGUGAUCGGUAUCAUCGCCAACUAUGCCUGCGUCGCGGCCGACACCUUCAGCUCCGAGCUGGGCAUCCUGUCCAAGGGCGAGCCGCGUCUGAUCACAAGCUGGAACCUGCGCAAGGUACCGCGCGGUACCAACGGCGGCGUCUCCCUCAUCGGUCUCGGCGCUGGUUUGCUAGGCAGCAUGAUCAUCGUCACCGCGUCGAUGCUUCUUCUGCCUCUCUGUACUGAUGAGACGGCUAUGAGAAUAGGCGGUGCCGCGGGCUGGUCACUGGGACAGCGUCGUAUGCUGAUUCUCGGCCUCACACUUUGGGGUUUCUUGGGCAGCGUUGUGGACAGCAUCCUGGGAGGGCUUUUCCAGGCUAGUGUCAAGGAUGUGCGGACGGGCAAGAUUGUCGAGGGUGAGGGUGGCGUCAGGGUGCUGGUGUCCAAUGCCACGAACCCUAACACCGUUGCUGGUCGUACCAAGGCCGAGAUCAAGUCAUCUCUCCUUUCCGGCGAGGGGACAGAUGCGGUCGAGGACGUUGGCGCCGCAGGAAAGGCCAGCGGUCAGGCCACGGCUUCCGGGAACAGAUAUGACCCGCUUAACAAGCAGAGGAGGUCGAGCUUUGGAGAUGAGAGACGGUCGAGAGUGGUGGAGAACGGCUGGGACCUGCUUGAUAACAACGAUGUCAACUUCUUGAUGGCCUUUGGGAUGAGCGUGGGAGCGAUGGCUGUCGCAUCGUGGUAUUGGGGUGUUCCCCUGCAGUCUGUGCUGCUGCCAUGGUGGACGUAA